AUGGAUAAGUAUGUCACAAAGUCAAAAAUUGGGCAUCCAAGUUCUAGCUCUACUCAUCCAUCUACCGCUUCAACCAUAGCUCCGAAAAUUCAAAAGAAAACAUUUAUUUCAGAUGUUGAUUUAGAAUCUCUUGAAGCUGAUCCGGGAAUUAGAAAGCCCAUUGCAGAAUAUAAUCCUAAUAUACGUGAUGAUAUUAGGAGAUAUUAUAUUCUUAAAAAGCCUUGCCAACCUAAGGAUCAUAAAUUUCCUAAAACUAAGUUUGGGAAGGAAAUGCGGCAAUUUUUUCCUGAUUGGUUUAAUGGUCGUAAGUGGUUGGAGUAUAGCAUAACAAAAGAUGCUGCAUUUUGUUUGUGUUGCUAUUUGUUUAAAAAUGAAUGUGAAAGUCGUGGAUAUGUGGUUGAUGCUGCUUUCACAAAGACUGGCUAUAGAGCUUGGAACAAAGCUACUGAAAGAUUUAGAGCUCAUGUUGGAGAUAUAAAUAGCAUCCACAACAAGUGUUUCAACAAGAUGCUUGAUUUGAUGAAUCAAUCACAGUCAAUACGCACUUCCUUUGAUAAAAAGUCCCAGAAAGAAAAAAGUGAGUCUCGGCGUCGCUUGAGUGCUUUAGUUGAUGUGACAAGAUUUCUCUUGAAAUUAGGAUUAUCAUUCCGUGGACAUGAUGAGAGUCGAUCUUCUUCAAAUAGAGGUAUUUUUCUUGAACUUUUGCAAUGGUAUGGAGAUAUUAAUGAAGAUGUUGGAAGCAUUAUUUUAGAAAAAGCUCCAAAAAAUGAAAUGAUGUGUUCUCCAAGUAUUCAAAAGGAUAUUGUUGAUUCUUGUGCUAAGGAAACAAUCAAAUCUAUUCUUGAAGAUUUAGAUGAGGAUUAUUUUGGGAUACUAGUCGAUGAAUCAAAGGAUGUAUCACACAAGGAGCAAAUGGCACUUGUUUUGAGAUAUGUUAACAAAGAAGGAGAAGUGAUAGAGCGAUUUGUUGGAAGCAAUAUACAACGGCCAGGUGAUACUUGUUGGGGUUCUCAUUAUAGAACAUUAGAUAAUCUUAUUGUUCUAUUUCCAUCAGUUAUUCAUGUGCUUGAAUUUACUGGAUGCGAGCGUCCAAACAAUACUGAUAGGCUUGUUGCUAAAACUCUUGUGGAUACGAUUAAGAAAUUUGAUUUUGCCUUUAUGCUGCACUUGAUGUGGAAAGUUCUUAUGAUGACAAAUGAAUUGAACUUCUCAUUACAAAGGAUGGAUCAAGAUAUUGUCAAUGCUAUGGGAUUUCUUGCUCUUACAAAGCAAAGAUUACAAAAUAUGAGGGAUAAUGAAUUCGAAUCAUUAAUGGAUGAUGUCUCUUCUUUUUGUGAUAAACAUGAUAUAGUCAUUCCGGAGAUGGAUGCUAGCUACUUUCCUGGGAAGUCAAAGCGUAAAGCUCUUGAUGUUACAUAUUCUCAUCAUUUGUGUGUUGAAAUAUUUUAUGCUAUUAUUGAUUUGCAUCUUCAAGAGCUUAAUAAUCGUUUUGAUGCUGUGAGUACAGACUUACUUCUCGGUAUGGCUAGUUUGAAUCUAGUUAAUUCAUUUGGUAGUUUUGAUAAGGGCAAGAAAAUGAGGUUGGCUGAAUAUUAUAUGAAUGAGUUUGACAACAACAAGCUUCGGGAUCUCAGUUUUCAGCUUGAUAGCUUUAUAGUUUAUGUCUGUGGUUCUGACAAGAGGUUCUUCAACUUGAAAGGAAUUAGUGAUCUUGCUAAAGUAUUGGUCAAGUCAGAUUUGCAUCAAAUUUGGCCACUUGUUUAUUUGCUUAUCAAGUUGACUCUCAUUCUUCCCGUUGCUACUGCUUCUGUGGAACGAGCUUUCUCAUCCAUGAAGUAUAUUAAAAAUGAACUUCGCAAUAGUAUUGGUGAUGAAUUUUUGAAUGGUUGUUUAGUUUGCUAUGUAGAGCGUAAGAUAUUCGCAAAUGUAAGCAAUGAUGCUAUUAUUUAUCGUUUUCAACAUAUGAAAAGUCGUCGAGCACAAUUAUAA